CCACGCCUCUGGUGCAAACCAACCUAAAGUUCAUCAGGGCGCGGCGUCGCCAACAAUAAUUUGUAUGAUAUUUCGUUCACUGUCUACACCCCUUAAAUAAUUGGACACCAAUCGUAUCAGAACCGCGAUUACCUUCCGAUUACCCACAAUUAAAAAGUUGUCCAACUAUCGGCCAACUGCUUGUUACCACGGGUAUCAUAUUAUGCAAACCCGCCGACCGCCGCAGACUUUUCAACUUAGUUGGUUAGUCGCACUUCAACAUGCAGGGAGAAGAGACGCACGCGCAUGAUUUCCCCACGCACGCCGCCGCCGCAGCCGCCGCCGCUCCGGCCGUCCGAUCACUUAUAGCAAAUGAAAACGUAGAAGAACUCAUUGAUGAGGUGGAGAAAAGGCCGGCAUUGUACAAGAAAGACUUGAAACAUUAUUCUGACAUUAACGUUAAGGAAAAACUCUGGGAAGAAGUAUGUGCAAUUGUAAUACAUAAUUGGUCAGAACUCAAUGCAUAUGAAAAACGAGAAAAGGGUCGCAGUGUUAAAAAGAAAUGGAAUAACUUGCGGACCUGCUUUGCUAGAGAAUUAAAAGCCCAAAAGUCAAUAAAAUCUGGGCAAGUAGCUUCGAAACGGCGACCAUAUGUUUACUUCGAGCGCAUGCUGUUUCUGGUACCUUGCAUGGAAUCACGACCGGCUGAAGGCAGUAUUGAAACUAGUGAAUCAAACCAAAAUUAUACUGAUUUGUCAGAGGAAGCCCAUCCGCAUCGGCAACGUAAACGGAAAGCUAAACAAGGCGAAUUUGAUGAACAGUUAUUAAAUGCCCAUCAUUCUAAAGAACAUAUAUUAAAUGCUCGUCAUUCUAAAGAACAGUUAUUAAAUGCCCGUCAUUCUAAAGAACAGUUAUUAAAUGCCCGUCAUUCUAAAGAACAGUUAUUAAAUGCCCAUCAUUCUAAAGAACAGUUAUUAAAUGCCCAUCAUUCUAAAGAACAGUUAUUAAAUGCCCAUCAUUCUAAAGAACAGUUAUUAAAUGCCCAUAAUUGUAAAGAAGAUGCUGAUACCAAUUAUUGUCUAUCUUUGGUUCCUUUUAUGAAAGAGCUGACUGCCGACGAGAAGUUAGAAGUUAGAAUACAUAUUUUAAAAAUGUUCCAAGACAUAAAGAAAAAAAGACAGCUUCAAAAUAUCUCAUUUAUUCAACCCGAUACUUCACAAUCACAGGUUACUAGGCGGGCUACUCCAUCAACCUCCGUUCGGAUUAUUUCUGAUCAAAUUAUUAAAUCCAAGCACAGUCGUCGUCGUCCGAGCAGACCAUUACAUACUACAAAUCAGACUUUUACAUCACAGCCUCUGACAGCCUCGCUAGUGUCGCAACAACAGUAUAAUAUCGCAGAGCCCUAUCCACUUACAAGCCCGUCUUCGGAAAGUCAGACGCCUCCACCACAAUAUGAUAGUGACAUUAUUCCAUACUGGCCAAAUUACUCGGAGUCGGAUUCAGAGCUGAUUGAUUUGUAAACAAAUAAUAUUCAUAAGGCAAAAGGAAAAGAGGAAGACCGCUGAAAAGGUGGGACGAUGACAUCAAGCGAGUAGCAGGCGUGACCUGAAACACAGCUCAAAAUAGGAUAGAACGGAAACGGUUGGAGGAGGCCUUUGCCGACUGGCAAACGGAUCUGCAAAAAAUAAGUAAGAAAGAGAUUCUAGGUUAGAACAUAAUUAUUUAAGUUAAAUUAUUAACUUUGUAAAAUGUAGAAUAAG